CUAAGCAAAAAUUCAUUUCUCUAUUUCUUCCUUCUCCUUUUAAAUCUCUCUCUCUCUCUCUCUCUCUCUCUCUCUCUCUACUGAGUAAGCUCCAUUACUCUGUUUUUUACUCUGUUUUUUUUCUUCCUCUUUCUAUUGAAUAAGCUCCACUGCUCUGUUCUCUUUCUGUUAUAUUCGAAAGGCUUAGUCUGCAAGAAAAUGGCUUCUUAUAGAUCCCAAUCUGAGUUCUGCCCUCUCUCGCCGUGUCCCUCUCUCGGUAACAUCGUGGAACGGAUCAAAGACGCAUGUCGUUUCCUCGUCUCCGCUGUUCUUGGCACGAUUCUCUCGGCGAUCUUGACCUUCUUCUUCGCUCUAGUGGGCACAUUGCUUGGAGCAGUCACAGGAGCUUUAAUAGGCCAAGAAACAGAGAGCGGUUUCAUCCGAGGAGCGGCGGUUGGAGCCAUCUCAGGAGCUGUUUUCUCCAUCGAAGUCUUUGAAUCCUCUCUCCUCCUCUGGAAAUCUAAUGAGUCACGUUUCGGUUGCCUCCUCUACUUGGUUGAUGUCAUUGUUAGUCUUAUAAGCGGUAGACUCGUACGGGAACGCAUAGGUCCAGCAAUGCUAAGCGCGGUUCAAAGUCAGAUGGGAGCUGCGGAUGCAACAUUCGAUGAUCUUUCGAGUAUCUUUGACACCGGUGGCUCGAAAGGAUUAACAGUAGAUGUGGUUGAUAAAAUACCCAAAAUCAUAAUCACUGGAGAUGCUUCAGGCAACAAAGACUCGUGUUCUGUUUGUCUUCAAGAUUUUCAGCUAGGUGAAACUGCGAGAAGCUUGCCGCAUUGUCAUCACAUGUUCCACUUGCCUUGCAUUGACAAUUGGCUACUUAGACACGGUUCUUGUCCAAUGUGUAGACGUGAUUUGUAACCUCUCUCCCUUUCUUACCAUUUUGCACAGUCUCUUAUAGUACAAAUAAAUGGAAAAAUAAAGUUUUGAAACUUUUAGAAACU